AUGACGUCCCUGUGGCUCUGGGUGCUCACGGCGACCGCGGCGGCAUGCGGCGCCCAACUGCUGGCGACACCGAGCAGCUUGAAGACAGUCGUUCUUCCAACGAUCGAAGGCAUUGGCGCUGGCGUCGGCCCGUCCUGCGUCGAGCCGCUCGAGUCGGGGUGGCUCAGCGCCGCGUAUUUUGAAAAGGCGGCGAUCGCAAUGCGUUUUCGGAUAUCGACGCUCGUGCUCCCGCCCGGCGACAGCGCGGAGCUUGUCGCUGUGGACGCACCGACCUUCGACCUCUCGGCGGCGCAUCUCUCGCCCGUCGGCAAUACGAGCUCGGGGCUCUGGACACCGCGCCUCUUUGCCAACCUCUGGCGCCUUCGGCUGCGGCGCACGACCCGUGUCUCGUACUGCGCCAAUGGUUUUGGUGUCGGCGUUGAUAUGUACAGCUAUUUUACCAGUCUCGACAGCGGUCAUGACAACUCGGCUUCGGGCAGCAGAAGCGACGAGCAAGGCUGUGGCACCCGCAGCACCCACGCGAUCUGCAACUACACGACGACGUCGCCGCUCACGAGCAUGUACGCUUAUAGCCGACCCGUCGUGCGUAUUUGGGUGCCGACACCUGGUGUCGAUGGCUUCAAGAUGUGCACGGGCUGGCUCUGGGGCAGUCAAGGCCACGUCAUCACCGCGAGCCACUGCAUAGGCAGUGCCCGCGAUGCCAACCAAGUGCAGUUCGAGUUUCUAGCCGAAGCGUCGUGGUGCGGUGUCGACGUCGACUACACUGUGUGCAGCGGCGCCGUCGCGUCCGUGGCCGCGACUUGGGUCACCACCAACGUGAUCCUGGACUACACACUCUUGCUGCUCUCGUCCGGGCCGAGCCUCGUGCAAAGCUACGGGUAUCUCCAAGUCCACCCGACGCUCGCGAUAGCACGCGGCAUGCAAAUUUAUGUGCCACAACAUCCGAAUGGCGGGUGCAAGACAAUAGCGUCGAGGAACCAAACGACGUUGCCGACAACCAUCACAGGACUCACGUCCAAAGGGUGCGACCUCAACAAUGACGGCUUUUAUCGAGGAGGUGUCAUGUAUGAUGCAGACACGCAGCCGGGCUCGUCCGGCGCCCCAGUUCUGGAUGCGACGACCAAUACGGUUGUCGCGAUGCACUAUUGUGGUGCUGCUGCCUGUUCCAACGCGGGGAUUCCAAUGGCCUGUAUCGUCCGCGACCUUCUCUUUCAAAAUCUCUUGCCCGCGAAUGCGCUGGGUGACGGCUUUGGCACCAUACCCGCGUUUCCAGAUCCCGUGGAGUUCCCACGCGCGCCGACUCUGCCGUUUCGCCACCCGCCGUACUUUGGCGCGAUUCGGCAGGGCGUUGUGCCCCGGCGACCGCGCUAUACAACGGUUGAUCAUUAUGAGCUGGUCGUUCAAGCCCCGACCAAGAUUAUGGUUGAUGUCGUCGUGAACGAGCUCAACACGACGUCCAAUACGUGCGUUGACGUGCUGCGCGACUGCCGGAUCACCUACUCGACGGGUGGCACAACACUGCGCGUCUACUCCAAACUCCUACCAGGUAGCGAGACACCAAUCAUUGAAAUUUGA